GGAUUAACACGAGGUUUCAAGAAAAUCAGUAAAACAUUGGAUGAGAUGCUAGAGAUGAUAAUAUCAGAGCAUGAACAAAUUACUAAUGUAGAUAAAACUCGCCGUGAAGACUUUGUAGACAUACUUCUUUCGAUUAUCCACCAAACCAUUGAUCACGAUAGUGAGCAAAAUCAUGUCAUUGAUCGAACAAACAUCAAGGCUAUUUUACUCGACAUGAUAGCGGCAUCAACUGAUACCUCUGCUAUAUCAAUUGAGUGGACUUUAUCUGAACUAUUAAGGCAUCCAAGAGUGAUGAAAAAUCUUCAAAAUGAGAUACAAGAUGAAGUAGGAAAUAAGAGAAUGGUUGAAGAGAAGGAUUUGAAAAAGUUAAAGUACCUAGAUAUCGUAGUUGAUGAAACCUUAAGACUUCGUCCUACUGCACCUUUUCUAAUUCCUCGUGAAUCUAGAGAAAGCGUCAUAAUUGAUGGUUAUUUAAUAGAGAAAAAUACUCGAGUUAUGAUUAAUAUAUGGACAAUAGGGAGAGAUCCUAAUAUUUGGUCCGAAAAUGCUGAAGAAUUUUAUCCAGAGAGAUUUAUUAACAAAAAAAUGAAUUAUCAAGGACACGAGUUUGAAUCUCUCCCAUUUGGUUUUGGUCGUAGGGGUUGUCCUGGGAUUCAUUUGGGUUUGAUUACGGUAAAAUUGAUUUUAGCUCAAUUGGUGCACUGUUUUAGUUGGAAACUUCCACAUAGUAUUACUCCUUCAAAUUUGAACAUGGAAGAGAAAUUUGGACUCACUAUACCUAGAGCUCAACACUUGCACGCAAUACCGAGUUAUCGUCUAGCAUGUGAUGACAAAUUUGAAUAGUUUUAAGGAGGACAAUCAUAUAUCAUCAUGAGAGAAAUUGUGUAAUACUAUAGAUUGUUUUACAAUAAAUUAAUGAAUACUGUUUGUUCUUUGUGCUGCAACAAUCAAAGGUUGAUUGUAUUUUGGCUAAAUAAUUUUAUAUUCAUGUGGACUUUAGCCAAUUUUUC